AAGCCACUCAUAGCUUCUAUAGCGACGGGAGUUAUUCUAUGGUUUGUUCCUGCACCAAAUGGGGUCUCGCGCAUCGCGUGGCAAUUGCUCUCUAUCUUCUUGGCCACCAUAGUGGGAAUCAUCACUCAGCCACUGCCGUUGGGUGCCGUAGCGUUGAUGGGUCUCGGCGCAUGUGUUUUGACAAAAACGCUUACGUUCGCCGCGGCGUUUUCAGCUUUUGGGGACCCAAUCCCGUGGCUGAUCGCUUUAGCAUUCUUUUUCGCUCGAGGGUUUAUCAAGACUGGAUUGGGGAACAGAAUUGCGUAUCAAUUUGUGUCUUUGUUUGGGAGCUCGUCUUUGGGAUUGGGAUACAGUUUGGUUUUCAGUGAAGCCCUUUUAGCACCUGCGAUUCCCUCGGUUUCUGCCAGAGCUGGUGGGAUUUUCUUGCCACUGGUGAAAUCACUAUGUGUGGCUUGUGGUAGUAAUGCAGGUGAUGGGACUGAGAACAAAUUAGGUUCUUGGUUAAUGCUGACCUGCUUCCAAACAUCUGUGAUCUCGUCUUCUAUGUUCUUGACGGCUAUGGCUGCAAAUCCUUUGGCUGCUAACUUAACUGCAAGUACUAUAAAUAUGCCCAUUGGGUGGAUGGACUGGGCUAAGGCAGCAAUUGUGCCAGGAUUGGUGUCGUUAAUUGUCGUACCAUUGCUGUUAUAUAUAAUCUAUCCACCAACGGUCAAGAGCAGCCCUGAUGCCCCCAAGCUUGCUAAGGAGAAGUUGGAGAAGAUGGGGCCUAUGUCAAAGAAUGAGAUCAUCAUGGCCGGAACUCUGCUUCUCACGGUAGGGCUCUGGAUUUUUGGGAGUGUCCUGAACGUUGAUGCGGUUACUGCUGCAAUUCUUGGACUAUCCGUCCUCCUUGUAACUGGGGUCGUCACAUGGAAGGAAUGCCUAGCUGAAGCCGUUGCCUGGGACACUCUCACUUGGUUUGCUGCACUCAUUGCAAUGGCUGGAUAUCUAAACAAAUAUGGUCUUAUUUCUUGGUUCAGCCAAACUGUUGUUAAGUUUGUUGGUGGAUUGGGUCUUUCAUGGCAGCUGUCAUUCGGCAUUCUAGUCCUCCUCUACUUCUAUUCCCACUACUUCUUUGCCAGCGGAGCUGCUCAUAUCGGUGCCAUGUUCACAGCAUUCUUGUCCGUAGCCAGUGCUCUCGGCACUCCACCAUACCUUGGCGCUGUCGUUCUCUCCUUCCUCUCCAAUCUAAUGGGCGGCAUUACUCAUUACGGUAUAGGAUCAGCACCCGUCUUCUAUGGAGCUGGUUAUGUCCCACUCGCCAAAUGGUGGGGCUAUGGGUUCUUGAUCUCGAUCGUCAAUCUUGUAAUUUGGCUUGGAGUUGGAGGUGUCUGGUGGAAGGCCAUCGGCUUGUGGUAG